AUGGAUGAUGGAGGAGCUGAGAGGCACAGAGCCAGUGGCAAAGGGCAGGAGGCACCAUGGCGCAGAAUCGUGGGCAAAGAGGCUCUGCAGCCAAGGGAAUUUACAGCCAGCUAUGCCUCCCAGUUAGCCUUCUCCUCUCCUCCACUGAUGAGCCUGGCAGAUCCCAGACAAACGGCCCCAGGGACUGAGCGACAAAGUGUUGAAAUGGAAAAGCCUUGGCCAGUGGAGUUCAGAAACACCAGCUGCAGUUAUUUCCCUGAAAGUAGAGUGGACUGUCACUACACGGUGAGCCCCAACCACAGCUGGGCCGGUGCUGACUGGAUCGGGCUUUUUCAGGUGGGGUGGUCUUCUGUGAAAGCUUACCAAACAUUUGUCUGGGCUCUUGCACCGAGUGACUUUGUGGAAGGCAAAGAGUUCAACUGCUGCGUACAAUUCCAGGCGUCCUACUUGCCCGGUGCCAGCCCUACGCAGUAUGAGUUUGUGUACAUUGACGCCAAGGGUGAGGUGUGCUCCCGCAGCUCCUCUUUCACCUUUUCUGCCCCAAAACCAUUAGAGGAACUAGUGACGCUGGAGGAAGAGUCUCAUGGAGAGGACCUGCUGCUGGUGGUGCCCAGAGCUGAACUACUGCAGAGUCACCUCCAAGAAUGUUUGAACGAGCGCAGAGAGCUGCUGCUGCUGCAAAAGGAAACAUGUGCGCUGAGAGAAGAAGAAAAGGAGGAGUUUAAAAAGGCCAAGCAUUUAUGGGACAAGCAGUGCAGUAAUUAUGAGAUGGAAAUUUCUAGACUACAGACGGAGCUGGAGCAAGCACAAGACAAAAUGGAGGAACUGCAAAAGAAAGAAACUUCUUUGGAAGAAUCACUGCUUCAAGAGAAAUGUGCUUUAAUGGAGGCAAAACAUAUGUGUGAGCAGCGGAUCAGAGAGCUGGAGGAGGACAUCAGAGUCUUAACAGAGAAGACAGUGGAACGAGACGUGGAGCUGGAGAGGAUGAAAGAACGAGCAAGGAGAGCAGGAGUUCAGAUGAAAGAAGAGGAAAGUGAGAGAGUCAACCUUCAGAUCAAGUUAGAACAAACUGAAGCAGAGCUUCGAAGCUUGUCCAAAGAGUUCCAGGGAUUAAGAAACUCACUGGCCCAAAGAGACACCAGUAUUCUUCAGCUUCAAAAUACAAUCUCAACCCUCACCCAGAAGCUCACGAUUGCCCAUAGAAAAGAGGCAGAGAGUGAGGCAGUGAUGAAGGACAUGCGGCUGUUACGGGAGCGUGUGAGUGUGAGCGAACGCACAGCGGAGGGACUAAGACAUGACCUAAGCACCAUGGUGGCACAGAGAGACCUGGGCCAGGCUGAGCUGCACCAGGCCCGUCUGCAGGCUGCACAGCUCACGCUUCAGCUGGCUGAGUCUAGUCUGGCCCUGAGAGAGGGCAGAGCCCACUGGGCCCAAGAGAGCCUAAGGCUACAGCAAUGUACUGAGGAAGAUCAUGAGCUCAUUGAGAACCUACAUGGAGAAGUUCAGAAGUUGCAGGAGAGCAUACAAGAGGAGAAGAUGGAGAGAGUAAAGCUGGACGUAGAGCUUGGGCGGGAAAAGGACUGCAACAGGGUCCAGCUCAAUGAAACUCGGCGGGAGUUGCAGGAGCUGAAGACCAGUUUGAGAGUCACACAAAAGGAGAAAGAGCUAUUUCAAACAGAGAAAAGGGAGUUGAUGGAGUACGUCUGUGAGCUGGAGCAGAAGAUGGGAGCAGUGACCACUGUGACCGGUGCCAAGUGGAGCGCUUCUCUGCUUUCUAUCGAUUGUGAAGAUGAGAACCCGGAGGCCUUCCAGUCAGUCAGUGCCCUCUAUGGACAGAGCCAGCCUCUGUCACUGCUGGAUGCCCCCCCACAGUCCCCAGUGGUCAUCAAGCAGCCUGCCCCCCUCUGCUCCCCCCAUCAGAACAGCUCAGACACCCUCGCUCACAGCUCUGAUUCGGAGGAGGAAAUGGAUAGACUGCAGUAUUUAAGACAAAGUUCUGGAGAGGAAAUGGCUCUUCUGCUCCCUGAUCACGCAGACUCCAUUCUCAGUGAUCUGGCUGACACUGCACUUUGGUAA